CUUUCCGACAACAGCGAGUGAGAUGACGUCAUCGCGCAGAUCAACUUUUUUUCACUGCGGUUUCCUUUUACUUUUCCUCGCAACUUCCCUCCUCUCUUUCUCCCUAAUCCUUAUCUUCGCCGUGUCUCUGCAUUUCUUCGAGAUUUAACGAACAUUAGGUGAACGGUGUGCAUGACGAGCGCAUCAGAACUCUUCUCUACUCGAAGAUCGCGUCCGGGCAGAUCCGACCCGGAUUUAGAAUCAGACCCUUCUCUGUAUCGACACCAUCAUCAUCGCUGUCACGGAAUCCAUCAUCAUAAUCACCGUCACGAUUCCGACGGCUGUGAUUCUCCCCGGCGUUUUUCGCCGCGUCUCCAACGCUUCUGUCACCAUCUUGGCCUUCCGGAACGUAGACCUGCUCGUGACGUUCAAGGCACUCCACAGUAUUUGGAAACUGAAAGCAACAGUUUUGGAAACCUAAAUGGAUCCGAGAGGCUUCCUGGAUCUGUUCUUCUCGCAAGGGCAAGACUUGUCCAAAGAUUGAGAGGCGUUUCUUUGUCUACCAACAGGUCUGUACAGAUGGAAUCCUCAUUUCAUUCCACAGUUGGGGUUCAAGUGUCUUAUGAAUGUAACAAGAAGCCACAUGGUCUCACACAAGGUGCCAUUAAUGGUUUACACCGGCAAACUUUUAGCUCAGCCGGUGUUAAAACCGAGAGGAGAGAUUGCAGCAUAUGUUUAGAGAGUUUCACUAACGGUGACAUGCUUAUAUCCUUGCCAUGUACCCACAGUUUCCAUUCGUCGUGCUUAAACCCUUGGCUUAAAGCUUGUGGAGAUUGCCCUUAUUGCCGUAGAGCCAUAGCUAAAUGAUAUAGAAACCAGCAAAUAGAAUCUUUCCCUAUCCAAUAGGACACUAGACAGAUCUUCCAGUCUUAUCGCCCAUUUGAGUGUUUUUUCUGCCACAUGUUUGUGUUUGUUAACGGUUUUGUUCAAUGUAAUCUCUUUUUAAUGUC